AUGCCUUCUUCAAGAUCGAUGGAAGUGAUAAGUGGAGAAGAUUCAUCAUUUGUUAUUGAUGAGGUAUCAAAUAUAAUUAAAGAUACUAUUGAAAGAAUUAUCGGUGGAAAUUCCUAUCAACAUAAUAAAGUUAAUCGAUGGACAGCUGAUAUUGUUGAUCAUGUAUUAACCGAACUUACAAAAUUGGGUAAACCAUUUAAAUAUAUUGUGCAAGCAGUAAUCAUGCAAAAGAAUGGAGCUGGUCUACAUACAGCUAGUUCAUGUUAUUGGGAUAAUACAACGGAUGGUAGUUGUACAGUUCGUUGGGAAAAUAAGCAUCUUUAUGCAAUCGUUUCAGUCUUUGGCUUAUCUAUUUAA